AUGCCGUUUACCAAACUACUACAAAUGGAAAGAAUUCCGUUUAACCGUUAUAGGAAAAAUCUGAAAUAUGUAUGCCACUUAGCGGAUGAGGUGCAAGAAUUCUUGGAUCGUUCAAAAAGGAUCGACGGACGCAUUUUGGCUCGCUUAUACAAUAGCGAUACCAACGAUAAGACUUUCCUCAAGGUCGCUAUGAAAACAAUUACGUACUGGAAUAAAACUAUGAACACAGAGUUUACAAAAGCAAUGAAAGUUGCGUCUCACUUUGCAUGCGGAAUCAGAAGCAUCAACACUGACAUCAACCUUAUGGCGUGCGUAUUUCGUUGA